UUAGCUUGUAGAAGUACGUGGUAUUCGUACAAAGAACCGAAAACGCUAAGUCUUCGUUUCACUGCUGAUCAGAUGAACUUGUUCUUUAAAUUAUUUCAUUCAACAGUUUGAAGCUAGUGUGUAAAAAAAGGAAGAAAAACAUUUCCGCACCGCCACAGCCCUUAUUGUGUUGUCAUGGCAACGAAUGCACCUCCUGUAUGUUGCAGACUGAAGCAAACAUAUCGCUAAGCUGCCAAGAGUUCACUUUGCAAAUUCACCUGCCGCACGUUUGGCCCGUAAUUUAUACAGCGAUCGUCGUACUCAUGGCCCAUUACAGAGCCUCAGAAUCGAAGCGUGAACAAUUUCGAAGAUACCUUGAAAAGUCCGGGGUCCUUGACACCAUAACAAGCGUUUUAGUGGCGCUCUAUGAAGAGACUGACAAACCUAACAACGCACUGGAUUUCAUAAAGCUUCACCUCGGUGCGGCUGGUCCAGAGCCAGCAGACACUGAGGCUCUUCGCAUGGAGCUGGCUGAUCUACAACAGAAAUUUAACCUGCUCAUGGAGGAGAACAAAGAGCUGAAAAACAGGCUGAUGCAGUAUGAACCAUCACCUGAUAAUGGAGCAGCAGAGUGAAAGGAGGAAUUGUGGCUUUCUGGGGUAAAAAAAGAAAAACGUUAAACAAAAUUUUUUUUGGAGAGUAUGUAAAUGUUUAUUACAUAAUAUUGGAUGUACGGUGAACACAAAAUCACUUAUUUUUUGUUACAUAACAAGAAGCAACUUUUUGCUUUGUCAAAAAUAAAAGUUUUUUUUCAGCA